AUGUUCCAAUUUCAGAAGCUUUGCCAGCUCCCUCCUGCGAAUCCAUCCAACCUGGCUAGUCUACGGAGGCUGCUGUUCAAGGGUCCGGAGCGCGAAGUGUCAUUCCUGGAGGGCACUGAAUAUCGGACUUGGGACGAAAAGAAUGAAGGUGAUCUGACAAGCCUCAAUGAUCACAACAAGAACAGAGAUGUACUUUCCAAAUGGCUAUACACGUUGGUGGGCAAUGUCUACCACAGGCUCAUUGGACAAGACUUGCAUGGGCGUCUGCGUUUCAAAGGAGACUGGCAACCGCAGUACACAUCUCCUCUUACUGACUAUCCGGAUCGAUACUUUGUGAGAGUCGUCGACAUCGUGAGCACGAUUCUUGCUCCUCUUCUCCCGACUGUCUCUGCUCUGGGCCUGUUCUUGCUGAGCAAUAAUACUGUUCGCAUGGGGCUUGUGUUCUUAUUCAGCUUCUUAUUCAGCCUCACUCUCGCCCUCCUCGGAGUACCUCGAAGGAUCGACGCAUUCGCUGCAACGGCGGCAUUUACAGCCGUUUUGAUUGUUUUUGUUAGUAACAACACGGACUAUGAGGGUUCUCCAGCGCGGCUCAUGGACGAGCGAGAAAGUACUGCCGGGACUUCCGUACCGGCUCGUUCAGCCAAAGAGAGCUCCAGUGAGGGAGACGAGUAUUAUGAUGCUUCCAACAUGCGAGACACAAACUCUGGAAGUUAUAUUAGAUGA